AUGUCUCGAAACGACGCCCAAGACCUCAUGCCUGUAGCAACUAGUGCUUGCAUUGAGUGGCUGGCCUUAAUGGUUUGCGAGUUCCCUAGUCAGAUCUUCAGAGCUCUCCUGCACUCACCUCAACCUCCUCCGCCGUUGCAACAAAAUCCGCCAUCACGACCAGUUCCGAACUCUAACUGCGCCAAAGACCCAUCAUCAUCUACGGCUCCGAUCCAGCACCCUCAAGGCGGGAAGGAGGCUGCGCAGAACCUUCGGGAGAUGCGGGGCAAGGCCAAGCAGUAUACCACAAUCAACGGUCGCACAGUCGUCAUCAAGGAUACCCACGUGUACAGCAACAAAGGCUUCAAAUCCCUUGCGCAAGCGCAGCUCUUGAACGAUGCCAUUUGGUACCCUGAUGUCCUUGAGCCUAGACCAUGGCUCAUCUAUUACAUUACGAAACCGCUAGUUGGUAUUUGGGAAGAGGUUACCAUCGCACCAGCAAUCCUCGUCGAUGGUGCGACCAAACGGGCCAUGGCGCUGAACCGAGCUGCCAACGUUGCUGCCAACGACGGCGCCAUGCUGCCGCGGAAAAAGGACAUUAAGAGCUUCCACGAGCUUCUCAACCAGUUUCCCAUCAUCGCACGCCAGAUGCAGCCUGGUCUCGAAAAGCUGUUCUUGGAAUUCACCAUGGUCUUUGAGCGCCCGCUACCUCCGCCGCCAUCCGCCUCUUCAAUACCAGACCCGCUCCCCGAUGGACCGAUCGCCUCGGCCAUGAAGAAGGCUCGGUCAAGCAGCAUGUCGACCCCCCGAAACGGCAUGAUCGGUCCGAAAUCUGUGCCUGUCACUGAGCCGUUCUAUGCCGAGGACGACGAGGAUGUCAUGCGCGCCUCAUUCGAGACAGCCGUCACCACUGCCAUUGACCUGUUCCAGGCCGUCGACAAGCAGCAGCUGUCCAUGCUCGGCGCAACUACCGACCUUACUGGGCCAAUCGUGGAACGGCUGAUCGAGCGCUAUGUGACGGAGAAUGUGCAUCACCUCAUCUUCCCGCGACUCAGCGCCAUGAAGCGACCCUACGAUCUUGAGUUAGAGGCCAAGAUCCGCCAGAUGGAAUUCAUCGACCUGUCACAGCUCGGCAUCGGCAUUGAUGGUGGCCCGAGAGUCAAGCACGAUUUGACUAUACACCUGGGACUUGCCGUCGAGGAGUUUAAGAAGAUGGGCAACGCCAUGAGUCCGCAGGAAAUGUUGGAGCUGCUGUUGUCCACAACCAAGAUGGUGACGCAAUUGACCGCCGUAGGCGAAGACAGUCAAUCACAGAACCCGUCUUCCGAAAAGCCCACGACACUCACAGUCAACGCCGAUACACUUGUGUCUCUACUGCUAUUUGUCGUCAUUCGCGCGCAAGUCAGAAACCUGCAGGCCAGGCUCGUUUACAUUCGCCACUUCAUCUACAUCGACGAUGUGGAGAACGGCGAGAUGGGCUAUGCACUGAGUACAUUUGAAGCAGUCCUUGCGUAUCUUGCUAUGGACUCGGGAGGUCUUCGACGGGCGAGCCGCCGAAACAAGGCUCUCUGGGAUGCUACCCGGAAUGGCAAGAUGGAUGAUCUUCAAAAUAUUAUGGAACCAGAGCCCGGCCGUAACAUGCAAGACGAGGACGAAGAGGAUGAACAUGCUUUCUGCGAGUCGCCAAUACCCAGCCGGCCAUCUUCUAGUUGGAGCGUCACAAAUGGAUCAACACACGGGACAUCUUCUCGGAGACCCUCUACAGCUGCGUCAUCAACCGCGCGAUUCUCAUCUGGGUCUGGUUUGAGCCAUGUAUUUCCCUUUGAAGCCGGGAGCGAUGCAUCAUCGUCAUGUGUCGACUUUGUCAUGCCGCCGCUUGCCAGGAUAAAGAAGGUGGCCAUGGAUACGAGGAGCAUGUCGAGCAGCUCCGAAAUCUCGUACCAUUCUCGAGCCGCAAGCAUCGGAACCCUAGGUAGCGCUUUGGAAGGCGAUGUGACGGUCGAGCGCUUAUCACAAACACAUGAUCUGUUCGGCGAAUCCGUGCUCAUGAUGGCUGUGCAGCAUGAGAGACCUGAUGUGCUCCAGUACCUGCUGUCGCUCAACGAGUACUACACCAGCCAAAUUGUCCUCGAUGACAUCAACAACGAAGAUACAACGCUUCUCAGCGCCGCUAUACAAUUAGGUCACACGGAACUCAUCGACACGAUACUUGAUUUUGUGGCCAAGGCGGCGACGACGACGGAGCAAUUGUCGCGAUACCUCGCUUCGCAAGACAUAUGGGGCCGCAGCUGUGCGCAUUACAUGUUCCACGCGCCCUACCUAAUAGCCAAGAUUGGCAAACUGGUGCCCUGGCGGCAAAAAGAUAAAAACGGACAGACGCCGCUAUUCGCCCUCUGCCGCUCGUACGACCACGGAAAUUACCUCGAGAUGGUGCCGGCCGGCUUGGAUGCGGCCACGGCAGCGCAGGCUGACGGGCAGCCGCUGCAUAUUGACGACCACAUUGACGGCAAGGGAAACUCACUGCUCCACAUUGUCAACGACCCACAACUGGCGCUUGGGAUCAUGCAACAGUGGGACGUGGAUGUCAAUGCGACGAACGACAAGAAGUUCACGCACUCAUGGUCGCUAGCAAGUAUGGCAGGCUUGACAUGGUGCGCACACUCAUGCCGCCAGGCACCCGACGCACGCAUCACAGGUGUUGUGCGGGCGUACUUUGUCGAAGAUGCCACUGUCCGGCUGGUCUUGAAGUCGGCUGCGCCAGCUGACCACCUGACAUACACGGUCACCACGAGCCGGAGGUCACUUUCGGAUUUUGAGCAUCUCGGCAAUCUGCUGGCGCUGGAGAACCCGGCUUCCUGGAUACCGUCAGUUGCUAACGCUAGGUCGCCAUUCCAGAUUCCAUCAAAGCCGUCAAGGGCGGUGUUGCGGGAUAUACAGAUUCGGACUGAUUGGUUCCUUCGCAUCAUGCUUGCACACUCGACAUUCUCGACGCAUGAAAUGCUGUGGGAGUUUUUCCUGGUGCCGGAUAUCCAACUGGACAUGAUGGACCAGCGCAGCAACCUGAAGGCAGAGACCAGGGCGGAGAAAGUGCGAGAAGAGCUGGAGCCAUUGGAAGACGUCCGCGAAGUCGAGCAAUUCAUCAACCACGCGCGAGAUAUGAUUCGCAGCGUCAACUACUCGACCAAGAGCGUAGCUCGACGGGCCAGCUCCGUGGCCGUCGUUACUUCUGAUCUCCAUGAUGCCGCCUCGCUUUUGCAUCGUGCAGUAUCAACAUUGCCGUUCCUGCCAGAAGCGCACCUGACUGCUCUCGAGGCCUAUGUCCGAGUGCUGGCACCAACACAACUUAACCCACCGACGGUAUUUCAUGGCUCGCUGCUCGCUCUGCAAACAACGGUCCAGGCUCUGCUAUCGGCAUUGUCGCGCCCGCCGGCGCUCAUCUCGCAGAUUGCCACGGCGCGCAAGACGAUUGAGCGGAACUACAACUCUCUCAGCCGAUCAUCCAGGUGGCCGUUGGGCCUCCUCGACGACACAAGGCAACGAAUGAACGAGGAGAAGGAGGAGAAGGCCCGCCAGUCGCAGGAACAGCUGGACGAUCUAGGCCGCGAGCUGCGGUACACACAGCAGGUGGUGGCGGGCGAGCUCGCAGGCUAUCAGGAGACGCACGAAAAGAUGGGCCGGCACGCGAUCCGGCAGUUUGCUCGCGGCAUGAUCAUCCAGGAGCGGAUCCGGCUGGAAGGCAUGACGAGGCUUCUCCGGAAGCUCCGCGAGGCCAAGGGCGAACAAGUCACGCAGCCGGGCGUUUCAGGUGGUGCGAGCAGUGCUGAUGUGAGUCAAGCAUCAGAAGAACCGGCUGGUGCAGCUGCUUGUGAUGGUGCAGAUGCAGGCCGACCCGAGGUGGUGAGCGUGCCGGUCUGA